AUGGCGUCAGUGCUGCGCGCGCGCGUGCUCUCAGGCGCUCUGCGGCUACGCGCGGCUGCGCCCAAGGCAGCCGCGAAAGGCGCGAAGAAGGGAAAAGGCGACGCUGCUGCUUCAGACGCCGCCCGCGCGUCGUCCGUGCCAGUGGAGGUGCGCGCGGCGACAGUGGUGGGCGGCAACAUCCUGAAGACGGGCUCCGACCCCCCCGUGCUGCCCGACAGUGAGUACCCCGAGUGGCUGUGGACGCUGCUGGACCGCCAGGCGCCGCUGAGCGAGCUCAAGAGGAAGAGAAUUGAGGACAUGGGCAUGGCGGAGUUGGAGCGCCUGGUGAAGUUGGACAACCGGGACAGAAUACGUGCCACUAAUGCUUCCAGAGCCAAGGCAUAA